GUCCUAGAGUAGCUUUGGGGCGGGUCCAACAAGUAAGGACGCGUGCUUGAAUUUGAAUUCAGUCAAGAGCUAAGAACUUGUUAAGAUAUUAGUCAAUUACUACAGCACCACAUAGGCAGUGAGCAUUGUAACACUGUAUGUCUUAUUUUCUGGUGAAAUAGUCUGCAAGUUUGAAUGUGUAUAAUAUAUUAGCGAGUUCGCCGCAACAUUUAAAUCGCUGCUCAGUGCUGUAGCUACAGGCAUCGCUGUUUGAGGAGAGAUCACUACUUGCAAUGAAAGCAGGAGUAGUCCAUUGCCAUUGUUCAAAAUGCUACUCGGUUCCGGCACGGAAGCGGGUCCGUAAGCGAACACCAGCCCUAACUUUGCUGUCUCUACCUGAGGAGGUCCUCCUCUGUGUGCUCCAGUGCCUCUCUGCUGAGGACCUGCUGUCUGUCAGAGCGGUUCACUCCCAGCUGCGGGACAUUGUUGACAACCACUCGAGUGUAUGGGCCAGGGUCAGUUUCAGGGACACGUGGCCAUCGACCAAUACCUUAUGGCUAUUUGAAAGAGCUGCUGAGAAAGGGAAUUUUGAAGCUGCUGUGAAGCUAGGGAUUGCUUAUUUGUACAAUGAAGGACCAUUGUUGAGUGAUGAGGGGCGAGCGGAUGUAUGUGGUCGCAAGGCCUCUCACUUCUUCAGCCUGGCAGAGAGCCUGCGCUCUCCCGCGGCGUAUCCCUUCAUCUGGGUGUUCAUCCGUCCACCAUGGUCGCGCACCGGCAGCUGCUGCAAGGCCGUGGUGUUUGACCAUCUCAAGGCUGAGUGUGACAGCAACGUGGAGAAGAAAGGGCCCUUGCUGCAUUGUUUGGCCAGAGUUCUGCAGCUGUUUGAAGAGAAUGAAAGACGUCAAGAUGCCAUUUCUAUGCUGGAGGAGUCGUCACAGGCUGGCUGUCUACAGAGCUCCUACCUGUUGUGGGAGCACAACCAGAAAGCAGCUAUGGCAGAUCCAGGCAGGUACCUCCAGUGUAUCCGAACCCUUAGGGACUAUGCUGGUAAAGGCUGCUGGGAGGCACAGCUCUCCCUGGCCAAGGUGUGCAGCAGUGGGAAUCCACUGGGUUUGGAGUCAAAAGCUUGCUCUGACUUAGUGGCUCAACUCUUCAGUUCCUCUAAUCCAGCAUCGCGACGCUGCGCUCAGGGCAUCCUCAGACGAGGCAUCAAGGACACCAUGAGAUACAUCCUGGUGGACUGGCUUGUGGAGGUGACCACCAUGAAGGAUUUCUCCAGCCUGGCGCUGCAUGUGACAGUGGGUUGUGUGGACCGCUACCUCGCUCUGCGCUCUGUCCCCAAAGCUCGCCUCCAGUUAUUGGGAAUCGCCUGCAUGGUAGUUUGUACACGCUAUAUCAGUAAAGAAAUCCUGACCAUACGUGAAGCUGUCUGGCUCACAGACAACACUUACAAAUAUGAGGACCUGGUUCGAAUGAUGGGGGAGGUUGUCUCUGUGCUGGAGGGAAAGAUCAGGAGUCCCACACUGCUGGACUACGGGGAGGUGCUGCUGUCUCUGCUCCCUCUGGAGAGGCGGACCACUCACCUGUUCAGUUACAUCUGUGAGCUGUCGCUGCUCUACUCUGCUCUUGCCACGCCACCGCCUGCCAAACUGGCCUGUGCUGCAUUGCUGCUUACACGAGCACUACACCACUAUGCUCCCCUCUGGCCCAGCCAGUUGGUUGACUACACAGGCUUCUCCAAGCAAGACCUCGUCUCCCUUUCUGUGCUGCUCUACGUCAAGUGUUUCAGUCAAGAUGUUCCCAAAGAUUACAGGCACGUGUCUCUUACUGGUGUUAAGCAACGGUUUGAAGAUGAGGCCUACCAGCACAUCAGCAAAGAAAAGGUGAUGGACUUUAAAGAGCUGUGUCAGAUCUUGGAGAUUCCUGAGGUGGAGCCUCAGAUGGAGCCUCCCAGUCCCACUGGUCAACCAUCAGACAUCCACACCUUCCUCGCUUCUCCAUCCAGCACCAAGAGGAGACGCGAUGAUGCCAUGCAGGCCCACAGAGCUGGCUUUGUGACCACGCCCACGGCAGAGCUGUCCAAUCAGGAGGAGAUGCUGCUGGGUGACAUCCUGGACUGGAGCCUGGACACUUCUAGUUCUGGUUAUGAGGGGGACCAGGAGGAGGAGAGUGAGGGAGAGAAAGACAGUGAUUCUUCUAUGAUGUCCAUCAAACUGCACUUGCUGACUGAAGAAGACAAAAGACUAGAGCACUGCAGAGCUCUCUCCAGUGAUGAAGACAGCUUCUGUGAAGCGGAAAGGAAGGAGGAAGGAAAGGAUUGCCAAGGCCAGGAACCCCUUUCCUUCUCUACAGACCUUCACAGUUCAGGAUACUCCACCAUCCAGAGUGUCAGCCCCUCAUCCACAUGCUCCUCCUCUCUUAUGCCUUGCACAUUCAAGACCAUUACUACUUCCCUGGGCCCAGCCUCCGCUAAUGCCCAGCCAGGCUUCCGCCUUUUGGUGCCCAUGCAGAGGCCCCGGGGCACUUCCAGCAAACAAGUGAAGAGGAAAAACUCAGCAGCUCAUAGUGGGGGUGAGGUGGAAAGAGAAGAGGAGUCAUGGGAAGGAGACAAUGCAGGGUUUCUGAGCCUAUAGACUGGUGGUUGUUCGACUGGCCUCAGGCUGUUCACAGACCCACCUGCUCAGUUAUUGUCCUCUGGCACUUUGUUCUCAAUGCUGUUCCUCACUCCUGUCAGUCUGCACUGAUUCGUCAAUUUCCAAAAGAUCAAGAGACUUUGAGCUUAAGGACGAGUAAGAGAAAACAAAUAUGAAUUCAUAAUAUGAAUUACCUAGAAACUUGCCUUUCUUAUUACAUUACAUUACAUUUACAUGUUUACAGGCAUGCCACAAUAAAAUACCUCCCAUAAACCAAGACUCGCAGUCAGCUCUGAAACCACUGGAACAUGACCUGACUUUCCUCAGGACCCUGGUACAAUUUCUGUUGUUUUAAAGCCUACAACAACCUAUCUCAGAUCACAUUAGAUAGUUGUAAAAGAAAUGAAACCUCAUGGACUUGUUUUGGAAGGGAAAAAAGUGUUCAUUGUUAAGAUCAUAUUGUGGAAAAACCUUUAAACAUAGCUGUCUUUUUAUUGUUUUGGUUAUCAUAGUUUCUGAUGUGCACUGUCUGUACAAGAAUCUCUUGUAUUUGGUGAAUGUCAUCAAUAGAUUCCUACUGUCAUCUAGUUGAUGGAAAUGUCUGCAUCCGAAGCCUUAAAAAAAAAAAAAAGAUUGUAUGAAUUUCACUUGUUCAGUUUUGUCCUUAGUUCUAUGUAUGUUUGCCAAAGGUACUGUAGUGGUGUCAUUUGUGUUUUCAGGGGCAUGUACUUAAAUAGAAACAGAGCUGUGAAAUGAGUCUUUUAGUAGUCUGCAUCUUCUAGAGUCUUGUACAUAUACACUAGUUGUGCUGAUCAAUAUUACUUAAAAGACCUAUAUAGCACACUAAUCCCAGCAGAUAGACAUUACGAUGUUAACUGUUGAGAUAUUGACACACUAUAUGUUCAAUAUGGUGUGCUGAUACUAACCAAGAACCACUAGCUGGAGCUUUGUACGAUACUCAUCCAGCUAUCAUCCAGAUGUUUAGUGCUGCACAGUCAUUAACUAUUCAGCUGUAAUGAGGCACUCAAUGCAACAUGAAACUCUAACAUGCUGAUAAGUUGUACUUUACCAACUUUUGCUCCCAUCUGAAUUAGGUCUAGCACUUUUAUCAUCACAGAAGGAGUGCAAUUCAAUGAAAUGUAACCAUUUCCAUGCUUGAACAAUCAAUACUAAAGUAUUUUUGAAUGGCUUUGCUUUGCCUCCUUGGAGCGAAAGGGAAGUUCAUACACAAAAGGAGAAUUACUUGAUGGGGUUUUGAAAGUACUGUAUGCCUCAUUCAGGACACCGAGUACGUAAUGUCUAAAUGAUUGUGACUGACUAUAAAUACAUUUUAAACUGUUACACCAGACUGGUUAUCUCCUGUGUUUCAUAAAUGUACAUAAUAUUAUAUGUAUAAAUGGAGAAAAACAAAGAACAUGCCACUACUUGAAAUAGUUUUUGCUUCAUUCCAAAAAGUUUUCUUUGUGAAACUGUUUUUCUCCAGUACAGUGUUUUCUCAAUCGAGCUGUGAUAUGAAUAUGUAAUUUUGUAUUGAGUUCAAAUAAAAUAAGCCAUCAUGCAA